GAACACUGAUUUGUAGUGAGUGACUGAAAGACUGGCAAAGUGACUGAACGAGUUAAGGAGGGAUUGAAUAAUGGGCUGAGUGUGCGAGUGAUUGAGUGAUCUGCAGUCAUUUAGAACAGAUUUUUCAAGUGACUGAGCGAAGAGAACAGAGUCUGCUUGUUUGCACUGAAAAACAGUUUGUGUCAAUCUGACAGAAAUGUUGGCUGCGAGUUUUGACCAAGUCAUCAGUGAACAGCAACCACACCUGACCUGAAGUAACUGCUGCUGAACGAAGAAUCACGGAUCUCCAUUUACUGAGAAACGUUUCUGAAACGUUUUCACUGUAGAAUGAGUGCGGCUCUACCUCUCCUGUGGUGUCCGCUUCGCACUGACCGCCCUGGGAGCGCAGCGAAGCGGAUGGAUGCUCAGGUCCUGACCCCAAACACUUGCCGAGAGUCCGCGAAGGUCUGAAAAUGCGCGUAAUGCUCCAACGGGAAGAUUCUUGGGGGGGGACAAAGAAUGAAGGUGUUGCAAUGUAGGAAUACAGACCACACACAGGAACCCAGCAACUAAGCGAGUGUGCAGCAGUCAUUGAAUGACUUGUUUUCCUUGUUCUUCAUCACAAAAUGUUUUAAAAACUCUCUUCUAUGUGUUUUGGACACUCCUGAUGACGGGGUAUUUACAGACGUUGGUCCAGCACGUGAAGAAAGCGGAGACUCGGCAGACUUUCCACCCCAUGUUUAAAAAUUCCUGGAGUUUUUGCGGAACUUGGAAUUAAUCCUCUUCCUUGUUGGCCCAUUGUUUAUGAUAACAGAAAUGUUAUAUUGCCAUCUAGUGGGAACUUUUGGUCCAAACAAAGGUUUAAUUGGCUCCAGAAUGAAACCAGGCAUGGGGAGCACCAGCCCAUGAUGUAAACAUUUGAAGAGAAGUGAACGAAGGUGGUCCAACACACAAAGGGAGUUUGAGGAGAGCUGUAGAGUGACGUCCCGCACACGGUGAUGUGACACACAUGAUGGAGGGCGGAGGCGCGCGGAGUCAGUUCCUGUGUGAGCUGUGCGGACUAACGGCGCCAUUCUCUUACUUCGGACAGAAACCGCCCAGCACCCGAGCCGUCGUCUUCCUUGAAGAGUGUUUUGUUAUGAAGGACCCUUUCAGCCCAGAGAAGGAGAAGUUUCUCAUUUUGGGUUCCAGCUGCAGUUUGUGCCACCGGACAGUUUGUGUUGGCACGGAUUGCAGCCUCUUCUAUAGCAAGCGCUUCUGUCUUCAUUGUGUGAACAAAUAUCUGGACCAGUUCCCCCAGCAAAUUCGGACAGAAUUGGCCAAGAAAAAGAGCUCCCUGAAGACAUCUUCCACUACGUGACAUCUGUAGACAGUCGAGAGGCAACCUAUUUUUUUUUUUUUAAAACCUUUCCAUAAAAUAAUGUGAGGCUUUUUCAUGCUUUAUCAUUAGCGGAGUGGCUGGAGAACUAAAUAAAAUGUCUCAUUUAUUUUGUGUUGCUUUACUUUUGCAGUCCUUGGACAUGUAAUAUUUCAUGACUGUGUACAUGGUUGUUCCUUUUGUAUCAAGAUUUCAUAAUAAAAGUAUUUGUCACAUUUUAA